CUAAACAUAAUAAAUAUUUCCCGAAUAAAUGUUGUACUCUCACUUUUUCGUUAACGUUGUUUUUUAACGUCUUUUUUACAGUUAUGCAACACGUCCGUAAUUGUGGUCCCCAAUUGUUCAUCAUCAGCCGCAAGGGGGGCACAUUACUGGCCAUUAAUGAUUUCAUUUAUAGAUCUAAUUUAAAAAGAUAUGGUCCAAUGGGAGAUAAGGUUUACUGGGAAUGUAUACACAAUCGUUCAAAAAAAUGUCGCAGUCGUUUGAAAACUAUUGGCGAUGAUCUGUAUGUAACAAAUGAUAUUCACAAUCAUUCCGAAGAUGCCGAACGUAUUGAGUUGGCGCGAAGAUCGGGUAUGUUGAUCUACAAAAAAUUCAGUGCAAUUGGUCAGUUACCAAACAAAUCACAAUUUUAAUGAGUAUUAUUUCUUGUGUACAUUGUACAUAUCGUAAAUAUACCCAUAAUUUAUUAAAGAAA